UAUAUUUUGAAAGUAUUUUCGUAUGUAAAGAUUUAAUGUUAAGAAGGCAUAGCGACUGGUAUUAAUUCAUCUAAAAAGUAACUUCAUUAUUUAGGUGUAAAGUUUUGAACAUAAUAGAAUACAAAACAAUGAGGAGUCUUCUAAUAUUUGAAAUAUUGGCCUUGUUGUUUAUUCAUGCACGUGCGGAUUGCCCGCACGAGCGAGCGGGAUUGAAGGCUUGGUCACAAGCAUCCACAUGGGGAGUGAACGGAGCUCCACAAUCUGGAGACAGUAUAACCAUCACCGACAAAAUCUUAAUGGACGUAUCACCGCCACCGCUGUAUAACAUUUCAAUUAAAGAUGGUGGAAUGUUAACGUUUUCACCGGAAGUAGAUCUCACCCUGAAAGCAGCAAAUAUUUAUAUACAGAAACACGGCUCUAUGCUUAUUGGAUGCGGGGAUUGUCCGUACCGAGGAAAACUUGAAAUCGUCCUUACAGGAAACCGGAAGUCGCAUGUGCAUGAGACUCACCCAAAAGCCAUUCUGGUAGAUGAGGGGGGUACCUUGGAGAUUCACGGCGCGCCCAAACUGUCCUGGACAAAAAUCGACAAGACGUUAAAUCCCGAGAGAGGCUAUGACGGCGGGAACAUCUUCUUUAACCACCAGUGGGAGAACCAGUAUAACAGCAUUGAACCUCUUGCACCACGUAUAGUUGCUUACACCUUUGGCCUCAAUUCUACCGGAUAUCCGUUUGUGAAGGACUUCGGGUUAUACGAGAUGUCAUUCCGUAGCGAUGAACUCGUCCGCCAUAUUGGGAGAGUGGUAGAUGGGGAUAUACUUAUGAUGGCUGUUCAGGUACAAAUACGUCUUAGAGACCCGAGCGUACAGAGUACGGGGGUUUAUGACGCUUACGAGACACUCGUGCACGGUGAAGUCACGGGCAACAGUAUGUUAAGGUCAUUGCAGGAUGACGGCAGCACGUGGGCAUUUGUCUACCAGAAAGGAAACUCCAAAAGUUUGAGUGAGGAGACCAACGCAUUUGGUACCACGUCAACAGCUAGAUAUGUCAUGAGUGAAGACAUGAUUUUUACGGCAGAAACCGUUGGAAAUCUCCGCAAAGGGCUGCAACAAGAGAACUUCAUGAUUUCAAACAGAAAUGCGCUAAAUCCAUUGGUUGAAGCCGUUGAUGACGUUACAACAUGGCAGCCAGGAGAUCAAAUUGUAAUAGCCUCCACGGACUAUGACUGGGAACAAGCUGAAGAACGGACUAUUGUGUUCUGCCCAGAUUGUCAGAAGAACCAGUUUCGUAUUAACGAACCAGUGAAAUUCAUGCAUUUUGGAAAUGUCUUGUAUGGCGCUGUAGACAUGCGUGCUGAAGUCGGUAUGUUAACUAAAAAUGUUGUAAUAAGUGGAGAGAUGGAGGCUGAGUGUCCAGAGUUUAACGAAAACUGCCACGACUCCAAGGUCCGCAAACUAGAUACAUUUGGUGCCCACAUCAAGAUUCUUCAGAACUAUUCCAAUGUUCAUAUUGGAUAUGCCGAACUGAUAAACGUUGGUCAGCAAACAGAUAAUGGGCGGUACCCGGUGCAUUUUCACAUGACCUUUGACAAGAAUCCGGGGGCCAGGGUCCCUUAUCUUAGAGGAAACUCAAUCCACAACACGUUUGCCAGGUGCGUCACCAUUCACGGCACACACGGUGUUCAGGUUCUGGAUAACUUUUGUUACAACCACAUGGGCCAUGGUUUCUUUUUGGAAGACGGGGGAGAAAAGAAUAACGUAUUUGACGGUAACCUUGCAAUGUCAACAAGAAGUGGUAACGGAUCUCUCGAACCAGUUGACAGAUUUCGGCCGGCGGGAUUUUGGUUUACAAGUCCACUCAACCGAUUUAGAAACAACGUUGCAGCUGGCGGUGAAGGUACCGGUAUUUGGGUUGUAUUUCCUGACGAACCCCUCCCUCCGUCAAGAACCUAUGGUUUGUACGACAAGUUUGAAGCAAGACAGACGAUGCUGAUGGAGUUCGACAACAACGUGGGUCACUCCCAGGGUCAGUUUGGUAUCAUGAUCGGGAAUAAAGAAACAGAUGAGAGAAAUGUUGAACAUAGCAACAAAUGGCAACCUCUGGUGGACCCCAAAGAUCCGACUUCCAGUCCAAUUGACAUUCCAAUUUCAAAACUUACAGGGUAUAAAUGUAGGGGAACAAAUAUAUGGAUAGAAGGCGGUUAUCUUAACGUCUCUCGUAUAUCUGUUUCGGACAGCCGGAAUGGAAUUUUUGUUACAAAUGAAGGCCAACAAGACAGACGUUCCGGUCGUCUUAGCCAUGCUGUCAUACUUGGUGACAGUGAGAAUGUUGGUGAGCCAAGCAUUGCUGGAUUUGAAAGAAGCUUCCCGUUACCAUGGAAUGAGAAAUUCAGAGUAAAGCCUCACUCAGGAAUUACUAUGUGGAAAGGACCAACACAAUACAGUGAUAUCUGGUUUAACGGAUUUCAGUCAAACAAUUUCUAUGAUAUUGCCGCAAUUGCAAAGAGACGUAACUCGCCCUACUUUUUCUCCGUCACCACGCCGCUCAAAAAUUUACAGUUUGCCUUUGAUGACGGGGAGGGUCAAGGUAACUACGCAAUAUCAGGAGUUAACGGCGUUGACCCCGGAUGGGAUUCUGAAAAAGACGGCGGAAAGAUUUCCGGUUUCACUUUCUAUAAUAGCACUUCUACGCAGGAGGAGAAACUUUACAUUGUAAAACACGACCAUUUCUCGGCGGCGGCUGCCGAUUGCAAAGUCCGACCAAACUGGCGACUCGCUAUCUGCAAAACUAAAUACGGAAAUCUGCGACUUUCUAGAGAGUUCAAAAAUACUAAAUCUAAUGGUAUUUUCGUGCGCGAUGAUUUACCAAGCGCUCAACUCGAGUUAAAGCUUGAAACCAGAACAGGCCCACCGGUGGUACUGGAUGGGAGUCGAACAUACACGUUCCACAGUGUCGGCCAAAUGCCAUACAAGCUUCGGUUUACUGCAGAUGGUAUUGAGACGGGCGACACUCUCAGGAUAGGCGUGUGCACACCAAUCGGAGCUGAGGUUGAAAUUCAGAGUUUAAUUCCGAGAUUGAGCGGAAAAGAACGACUUAUUACAAGAAGUCGAUUCACGCGAGUUAACUCCCUUGGUGAACUUGAUGCACCGGAUGCAGAUCUAGAUGGCAAGAAAUAUUUCAUGAACGACACAACAGGAAUGGUGUAUUUCAAAUUUGUCGGUAACUCUGACAUUGACAUUUCAACCGGAGAGACUUGCGGUGGCGGGCGGUGCCCUGAUUUUAGAGUGAUCAUUAAUUCAGGUGACCUUUCCGACGGGGAUUGUCGUCAAAGAUUGUAUGGAAGUAGUUUAAAUAUGGCAAAGCCUCCUCUUCCUACAUUUUCGGAAACGAUAAAAGCAAAUGGAGGAGCCAAUCCCCCGGAGGGAUAUGGUGCUGGCAUUACAAGACCUUUCGUUAAUCGUCAAAACCCCGUAGAUGGACAAUAUGGUCAAUGGACGGAAUGGUCACAGUGUUCCACUACAUGUGAUCAGGGUACAAGGUAUCGAACACGUCGUUGUGACAGUCCACUUCCGGCCAACGGAGGAGCUGAAUGUAAUGGGGCACACUUGGAAUCUCAAACUUGCAACCUAGAGCCUUGUGCAAUCAAAGGUGGUUUCACAGACUGGUCAGAAUGGAGCGCUUGUCAAGCCUUCGAUGCUGGCUAUUGUACCGGAUUCUCUGAGCGGUCUCGGUCAUGUUCGAACCCGGCAGCGAGGUUCGGCGGUCUGUCGUGCGAAGGAAACACCCGCGAGAUACAGAGAUGCACCGUUUGCUAGACCACAAGCAGCAUAAUGUUACUAUAACACGCAUUCGUCUCCUAUGGAAACUUGAAAUCCAAUUUACUAUUUAUAGUGUAUAUAUUGAAUAAAUUGCAAAAGAAUCAUUAUGAAAA